AUGUUUUUAUCUGCUAACACCACUAGUAAACUUCAACCAUUAGAUCAAGGCAUCAUUCACACUUUUAAACGCUUUUAUCGCAGAGAAGUCGUCAAACAUAUUCUUACGAGUCUGGAAGAAAACAGUAGCUCUGACAUUAACGUACUUCUAGCUACAAAAUUUGCUAGAAAAGCAUGGUACUUAGUCAGUGACGUUUCUGUCAAAAACUGCUUCAAGAAAGCUGGGUUUUGGAAAAGUACAGAUGAGCAAGACCUGCUAGAGGAAAAUGAUGUUGAAGUUGGACCAAGCAACGAGGAAUGGACUAAGCUUGUGUCUCACGAAUCUAAUAUGUUAAUGCCGAGCUUCGAUGAUUUCGUUUAA